CGCCACAUAAGCUGCGUCAUUUCCUGUGUAGGGACGCGUUGGAGAGAGCCAGUUCAGUCGAUCCGCUUGCUCCGACUGAAGGCUAGACAACGAAGACAGCCGGUCUCCGUGCCGAUUUACUUUGUUUCUGUGCGCACUUACGCAACUAAGAACUUUCCUACCUGUUAGAUUUUUUUUUCUGUCUAUGGAAUACACCUGGGGCACUUUCCAAAGGACUAAAGCGCGUUUCAACUUUAUGUUAUGAGCGUGUCUAAGGAUAUCAACUUCGCGUUUUAGUUUGGGUGCAAUAUCCUCCAAAUACUGGACGAGUGGAUUAAAACCGAACGCAAACCGGGGCUCUACUUUUAAAACUAAUCAGCAGGAACACAUUCAUGUGAUUAUGGUGGUUGUAAAGCUCUGGAUUUCUGGGCAAAGAUCCUAAACUCCCUCAUAAGGGAUUCACUGGUGACGACAGAGAUAUUGGAGAAGACACUGGCCACUUGACCCGUUCUCGCGAGCGCGAGACGCACCGGAGCGCGCUGCUUUCUGUCGGUGUUAUUUGGAAGGUCCUCUGUGACCCGUUUGGUCUAUUAUUAAGUAUGACAGUGAACAUCAAGGCAUCGCAGUGCCAUGCGCCGCUCCGCAGGCUCCUGUAGACUCGGUUCCGGUGCUACUGCAAUGCUCGCCGGACCCCACCGCUUCCGUGAGGCUCUGUGAUCCAGGCAAAGGGCGCGAGGAUGAGCACAGAUCUGGAGCGCCUGUCGCUCAACUCUUCCUCGGGCAACUCCGUUGCGUCUAGCGCGCGUACCCUUUCCGCCAACGUGAAGAAGCUUCACAACGCGCUCAACCUGCUGCUCAGCGACCUCGAGAGAGAGCAGUUCAUCCACUGCCUCAACGUUUACCACUCCAAGCGCAAUGUGUACGACCUGGUCCAGACGCUUAAAGUCAUACUGAACGUUCCGAGCAAGCGUCAGCUUCUGCCCAUGUUGCGGCUGGUUAUCCCGCGCUCGGACCAGCUUCUGUUCGAUCAGUACACAUCAGAAGGGCUCUAUUUGAAAUCCGAUGGUCUUGCGCGCAAUGGUGACCCAGACGGUUCCCACGAGGCUGCUAAUUCGAGUCCAACACACGGGGCUCACUUCUCACCUCCUUCCGCCUCUCAAGCCGCUCUGCGCGGGUCUCCUGACAAUAUCAGCACCAGCAGCGAUGGGACAGCGACUCUUAUUCCUUUACUGGGAAGAAAUUUCUUACCGGAGCCCCCAGGAGAGAUCCGACAGGUGACCCUCAAGCGUCACAAGAGCAACGAGGGUUUGGGAUUUAGCAUCCGGGGAGGAUCCGAGCAUGGAGUUGGGAUCUACGUGUCACUGGUAGAACCGGGAUCACUGGCUGAAAAGGAGGGUUUGAGAAUUGGAGAUCAGAUAAUGAAAGUUAAUGACAAAGUGUUUGACCGGGUCACACAUGCAGAGGCAGUGAAGGUGCUGAAGGGCAGCAAAAAGCUCUCCAUGUCAGUGCGUUCUGUGGGACGGAUCCCUGGGGGUUAUGUCACAAAUCAUGUCUACACCUGGGUGGAUCCACAGGGGCGCAGUGUGUCCCCACCCCCUGACCUGCUGGCGGAGCAUCGCAGUGCAACCCUGCGCAGGUCCAACAGUCAGGGCCGCAGCCACAUGCAGCUGUUGCAGGACGGUGAUGAGAAGAAGGUAAAUCUGGUUCUGGAUGACGGCCGUUCUCUGGGUCUCAUGAUCCGCGGAGGGGCUGAAUACUCUCUGGGUAUCUACAUCACAGGUGUGGACAGAGGCUCUGCCGCAGAGUGUGGAGGAAUAAAGGUCGGCGAUCAGAUCCUGGAGGUUAAUGGCCGGAGUUUCCUCAGCAUCCCACACGAUGAGGCCGUGCGAGUGCUGAAGUCUUCACACCACCUGAUGAUGACGGUGAAGGAUGUCGGGCGACUACCGCAUGCCCGCACUGUAGUGGGCGAGACAAAGUGGAUCACAAGCUCGCAGAUUACAGACAGCUCGGCCAGCAGCAGUGUCACGGGUCUCUCUCUGGACCAGGGAGCAUCAGCAUCAACAAAGGGUGGCUUUUAUAAAGGUGUGGCGGGAUCUCAGGUGACUCUGUCCAGUUUGGUGAAUCAGAGCAGGGCCAUGCUGGAGGAACAGGCCAGACAUCUGCUGACCGAACCAGAGAGGCAGACCAUGGGCUACUACAUCCAGGAGUACCGCGAUGGUCACAUCGGUGUUGAGCAGCUGGUCAUGGCCCUCUUUGAGCUGUUCAAUACACAUGCCAAGUUCUCUCUACUAUCAGAGGUGAGGGGGCUCGUGACCCCUCAGGAUGUGGAGAGAUUUGAUGCCCUGGUUUUGAGACGAGAGAUUGAGGCCCUGAAGGCGAGGCAGGGUGGCGGAGCUGGGUUUCAAGACUCCUCCUCCAUGGUCUCGUACCCUGAUACACUGGCCUCUUCCUCAGCCAGCUUCAUGACCAACACCACCCUCAGCUCCGCACGGAACGAUGGCAUUGCAGAGAACAACGGGGAACAGUCUCUGGAGCAUAGCAGUGCCCUGCCAGACAUCUCUCUGGAUGAGGUUCAUUCCACCUCAGAUCCCCCUCCUUCCUUUAAACCUCCUCCUCCCCCAGGGCUUCAGCGCCGGCCCAGUCGAAAAGCCACGCUUAGCAAACGUCCCUCUUCUAGCUCCUCCCAAUCUGGCUUGUACUUCACUGCCCCUUCUCGUUCCCAGACCAAAGAACCAAAACACUCAAAAGCGCCCAAACCUCACACAUCUCCUCCUAAUAUCUUCAAGAUAGACGUCCCAGCACCUCAGCUCUCAAUAGUGAGUCAGCUUCUUAUUGGACCAUUCCCCCGGGUCCAGUCCCCUAGUAAGUUAAAGCCUGCUGUCCAAUCCUCAUCUCCGAUUCCUCCACCCGCCCCUAAUGUACCUGCACCACCUGGGCCACCGCCGCCUCCUCCGCCUCCAUGCCCAGAUAAGCCCGCCCCUUCUUCCCCAGGAUCCAAUCAGCAUUUUGUCAUGGUAGAGGUGCAUAGGCCUAACGCUGAGCCUGAUGUGAACGAGGUUCGGCCGCUGCCACAGGCGCGAGGAGGGACAUUAUCCCAGCUGUCAGACAGUGGACAGACACUUAGUGAGGACAGCGGUGUAGACAUUGCCGAAUCUGGACGUCUCAGUAAGGAUAGCAGCCCACGUCCCGCCCGCACCAGAGCCCCACGGGAUGGGCACGGAGGAGAAGAAACAUCUGCCAAACCGCCGGGUCUGUUGGAGCCCAUGUCCACUCUAGUGAGAGUGGCGAAAAGCACCAGUACUUUGGGCAUCGCAAUAGAAGGCGGGGCAAACACACGUCAGCCCCUCCCACGCAUUGUGACCAUACAGAGAGGCGGUUCGGCUCAUAACUGUGGACAGCUGAAGGUGGGUCAGGUAAUCCUAGAGGUGAAUGGAGUGUCUCUCAGAGGAAAGGAACAUCGGGAAGCCGCACGUCUCAUCGCGGAGGCCUUUAAAACCAAAGAGAAGGACUACAUUGACUUCUUGAUCACAGAGUUCAAUGUGGCUCUAUAGGACCGUGCGAGUACCAUGAUGCUAGGACACUGGGACGCACCAUGACAUGUCUUGCCAUGAUUAACCUCCAGAAUCCUAUUACAUGGUUCAGCUCAUUCUCCUCUGUGAUGUUUUGAAACUGUGUGGACCAACCCUGCAUUUACCUUUCCAACAACAAAUGUCAGGAUAGAGCAAAAGUUCAGUCUGUUAUGUUUGUUUAAGAAGAUGGGACAUCUUUUGAGUUGACUUAUUCUUUGAGUUUCUCUCUGACUGCGAUAUCACAAGAGACUCUCCGUUGAGCUUGGAUGUGUGUUGUGUUUUUGAUAUACAAUGCCGUCACAGAGUCUAGGCCCAGCAUCUUGUCCUGGUGUGAGAGUUUGUGUGAACGUCUCAUGGAAAUCAUUGUUGUUUUUUAAAAGUCAUAGCUAUUUUAUAAGAAAUAUGUAAAAAUGGAUCAAAUGUGUUUAAAAGAUAUAUUUAAAGUUUAAGAGGUGCACAUAACUACUGAUUAUAGCAAAUAGUGAUUAACUCCAUAGAGAUUCGAACUGAAGUGCUUCUCACUACAGAAUUCUCUGAGCAGAACUGCUGAAACAUCUGUCAUCUGCCUUUUUUAAACUCGUCAGCCGGUUUCAGUUUUUGCUUGCUGUUUGUGCUGUUUUGCAGGGGUUUUUUUUUUCUUUUUUUUGUAAUUACUAAACCAUGGCAAUCAGUCAUUAGGACAGAAAUGCUGAGAGACAGCUACUGUGUUCAAAUAUCUAGUGAGCUGCCUACGUAGACAGCUUUUUUAGACAUCAUAGGCACUAACAAUUUUAAGAUGCCAUGUUUUGGCCAACUUUUAUGGAAGAAGCACAAGCAUCAGGGCUCAACAUUAAAUAAGGAUGGCUCAAUGACCAGGAAUUUGAAGACAUGUCGUUCAAACGUUUGGGGUUGAUACAUUUUUCAAAGAAGUCUCUUAUGCUCCCAAAAGCUGCAUUUAUUAGACCGAAAAUAUAGUAAAAAAAUAUAUAGUGGAAAUAAUUACAAUUUAUUCACAAAUCAGGAAUACUAUGACAUAUUUAUUUUUAUUUUUUUAAUAAGCUUAAACGUGUAAUUUAUUCUUGUGAUGCGAAGCUCCAGUCACAUGAGCGUCACAUGAUCCAUCAGAAAUCAUUCAAGUUACAUUUCUCAUUAUCAGUGUUAAAGUUAUUUUUAUAAAAAUACAGUACAAUAAUAAUAAUAAUAUAUUAUAUUAUAAUAAAAAUAAUAAUAUAUUUUACUACUUUAAAAAGCAUGCUAAAUAUAUUUAGUGUAAACAUUAAAUAUACACUGCAGAAAAAUCCUUACUGUUGAGCUGCAAUUUAUCUUUUUUUUUCUUGAGGGUAAUCUGGUGGACGAAGCAAGAAAAUAUAGAUUUUUUUUUUUUAUUCAGUACUGAUAAAAACAGUAGCAUAGCAGCGGGCUAAUGGCCAAUGUUCACUUACUUCAUAGAGCACUCCAAAUGAUUUGAAUUUUGGCUAGGAUGCUUCCUACUGUAUAUAGGCCAUAGACAGCAAGGCAGCUCACUAGGUUUUGGGAAGAGUCCUUGAAGACAUGCUGGCAUUCUGAAGAUUCUCCGGAAGAAAAAUCAUUCUCAGAUUUAUUUAGAUGGCGCGAGAAAAUGAGAAGACCCUUUAUCCAGUUAUGAGUGGUGAAGCAGGAACUUGACAUUGCAAUCAGAGAUGAGCAGCCAUCAAAACUAAUGAAAAGUUUAGAAUUUCAGCGAGGGAUCUGAUUGAUGCAUUGAAAAAAAAAAGCAUUCAGACUGGGAAGAGGUGGCAACACAAAGCAACAAUGUGUCAGUCAUAUAAUAUAAGCGGGAACAAGUGGGAGAGGAAAUUGAGAAAUGGUGUUAUUGUAAUGUGUGUGAGUCUGAUUGUCUUUGAAUGCAGAGGCAGAGUGUGAAACAGUCCCACAGAGCAAAGAUAUGUGUGUUUGAGAAGAAGGACUCCGACAUCUGAACAGUGUAUAUAUAGUAUAUCUAUAUAUUUUAAGUAAAUUAUUUGUCGAUAAUAUCAUUCUGAAAUCUUUUCCUUUGUAUAGCUGAGGUGCUCACAGGGAAGACAGGCAAGACCGAAUGAACAACUUUUAUAAAUGCAAAAAAUUAUUUACCUACUUUCCAUGACAUUUGUCUUGUUUUGUAGUACAAACAUUUAAAAAAUGAUCCUAAAUGAAUCCUGAAAUGAACAUUUGCUGACAGGUUACUCACCUUCAAGCCAUCUAAGGUGUAAAUGAGUUUGUUUUCAUAAGAACAGGUUAGGAGAAAUUAUCAUUUGCUCACCAGUGGAUCCUCUGCAGUGAAUGGGUGCCGUUGGAAUUAGAGUCCAAAAAGAUAAUAAAAACAUUCCAAUAAUCCACAAGUAAUCCACACAACUCCAGUCCAUCAAUUAACAUCUUGUGAAGUGAAAAAUACUUUGUUAAAAAAAAAUUAUAUAUAUAAAUAAAUAUAUAUAUAUAUAUAUACACACACACACAAACACCACACGCGUAUACACAUGCAUUUAAAAGGUUAUUUUCCACCCCACUGGAAAAUAAUAACCUUUUAUAAGACAAGACUUAAUAUCUUAAGUCAUUUUGUUUCUCGAGUAAGGGUGUCUUGGUUUAGGAAUGUUUAGAUAUUUGUACUAGAAAACAAGACAAAAAUACUGUGUAAGAAAAUCUUUUUGUUGUUGUGAAUGUAAUGGAUUUGUUGCUCCAAAUCCAUGAUUUUAUCAACUGUUUGUUUUGCUGCUUAUUUGUUUCAUCCUUGUCUCUUUUACUUCCUGCAGCAGGGUAUAUCUGUGCUUUCAUCAGUCAUCUGAAUGCAGUAGGCUAAAGCAUUUAUCCAGUCAAAUUCAUCCCCUGAAAUCUCAGUUCUGCACACACCUUUCUGACAACAUUAGGAAUGAAAUGUGCUCUAUUGUCAAAGCUUUUCUUCAUUGCUUGUCCCACGGAUGCAGAACGUACAUGCCAAAGUCCUGAAUGCACAAAGGUAUCGGUAUGAAAGGCUUCCGAGGAGAGAGAGAGAGAGAGAGAGAGAGAGAGAGAGAGAGAGAGAGAGAGAGAGAGAGGGGUCGUUGCACCAGCAUCUCAUCCCAUGAUGCAGCUCUUCAAAUGGAGAUCAGUUCUCUGUAGCACACGUGGAUCUGCAAAGAUAUUGUGUUUUCAUUGGUGGACAGGAAUACAGAUCAAAGAACAAAGCGUGUCUGACCGUACCGACCUUCAAACAUGCAUAAACAUAUGGUUACUCACCGUAUUGACAGGAUUCAUCAUGAAAGUCUUCAAUUUAAUGCCCUUUGUCGAUUGCCAGCCUCAGAAGGUCAAUGUAAUGGUUUUAUUUUCUGUUCAGUUUCAAUGAGGUUUGCAGUGUUUGUAACCUUGGUAACAAAAUUUGGAAAAGGCUAAUAAAUAUUAGAUGAAAAUCUUCAACUUCAAAACCUAGAAAA